AUGAGUGCCCUCAAGAAGAUGAGGGAGCUUGUUGGAAUGGGGCCGUCACGUGAAUCCCCCCAAUCACGUGUUGACCCAACACUAGCCCCACCUGCUAGCGUGAGCUCCCAGCACAACACGAUUGUCAACUGCCUAGUAGAGACCUGUGAUUCUGAUCAGAGCUCCUUGGACGAGAUUGCCAUUGUUUCAGACUCGAGUGACAGUGACGAUACUGUCCCUGGUUUGAGUGCACCCGCCACCAUCGAGGGCGACACUUCCCCCUCCCCUUCCAAGGCUUUCACGCGUGGGCAUCGCCGUCGCUCCACGCACGUUACUCGCCGUGACCUUGAGAAGUUUCAAUCGGAGGUCCUAGGCGUUCAAAACCACGCCUCUUGGUUCGACGAAGAUAACGGCACAAGCACUCCGCGAUCCUUCACCCCUGACGACCCUCAACUAGAGGAACUGAACCGCGCUUUUGCCGACGCCGACGUGUCUAUGAACAACUCUAGUAUGACUACCAACGGUACCGGAUCCGGCAAUUUCUCGGGUUAUGCCGAAAACAGUACUAGCGCAAUGAACAUGCCCAACAUACCUCCCCGCCAGACUCCAUCCCCUUCUCCCUCUCACACUUCGGUCACCACCCAGAUCAAUGGCGGCGGAAUGGGCGCCAUGGGUGCGGCAAUUCCGAUGAACGCUGGCCACCAGAUGGAUUUGCACCACCUCUACGAGAUGGUUGUGGAAUUGAGCGAUGUGUUGAAGAACAACCGGGAUGUGACCAAAAACAUCGUCGCGAAUGCAGAGGAGAUUGUGAAGAACGGCAUUGUCGAUAGCUCUAGUGCGAAUGGCCAGCAUGGCGACAAUCUCACCGCCCGGAUUGCCGAACUCGAGCGUGCCCUGGCCAAGAAAAGCUUGUGA